UUUACAAUUUUUAUUUACUUUUUCUUGGGAAGAAUAAAAAGGGAGAUUACCCAUUUUGGUUUGUUUUUCUGGGGGGUUUUUCUGAGCCAACCUCUCUUUCUCUUUCUCUUUCUCUUUCUCUUUCUCUCUCUCCUCUUCUUCGCCAAGCAAAUUUUCAGGGUGCUGCCGGAUCUUUGAGAAUUUGUUGAAGAACCAGAGAAUUGAAGCGAUGAUGCUCUAGGGUUUUGCUCUUAUGGUACUGUUCACUUGAGAUCCUCUGGUGUAAUUUGAUUUUGGGUUUGCUCAAAUUUUUAAUUGGUUUGAUGGGUGUUUGAUUGUUUUUAUGGUGUGUUGCUGCUACUGUCCAAGUUUUUCUGAUUAUCUCAAGUGAAGGGUGUUUGAGGAUUUGCAUCUUUAUCAUUUGAUUACGUUUAUCUCAGUGAUCUUCAAUUGGGAUGUGUUAGUUCUGAGUAUUCGUUUUUCCAUUGCGAUUUCAGGUUGUUGUAGUUCAGAGCUUUCUUUUUCGAUUUCAGUUGGUUCAAGUAAAGGGGAAAGGGAAUUGGAUACAUUUGAUUACUUCAACAAAUUAUUGGGACUGAGGGAUAUGUUUUCCGGGUAUCUUUGUCAUUGUUGAGUAUUUUGAUUCAGUUUCGAUAUGGUACUUCUGUUUGAUUGUUAACAAGUGACUGUAGUUGAUCAGUCUUCUGGGUGGUUAAAAAGGUUAGCUUUUCCUGUAUAAGAUGGAAAACGACAUGGAAAUGGAAGGGUUGAGAUUGAAGGUUGAUAUUAAAGAGGAAGAACAUAUGGCUUCUGAGAUGGAAAUUGAUUAUAGUGGAACUCAGAGUCCCAAGUUUGAAAUUGAAAGCAAAAUUUCCGAGCUAGGUGAGGGAAGUAAUGUUGUGUUCGCGAGAGAAGGGCCUCUGUAUAUGGAGGAUGCGGGAAUUUCCAAGGUUGGUUGCUAUGGUGCUAAGAAGCAGAAAUCGAAAGGGGUCACAACAGGUUCUCAGGCGGGGAAGAAAGGAAAUGUGGGAAAUGAGAAGAAACUUAGUAGACAAGAUAGGAUUGAGUUGGGAAAACUGUUUCAAAGUGCUGUAAGUUCUCAUGAUUGGGACUUGGCAGAAAGUUUGAUACUGUUUGCUGAUCCUCUAACUCUUAAUGAUUUCCUUUGCAUCUCGUUGGAUUCCAUAUGGUUUCUUACUACACAUGAGGAGUUACAUGGGAUAACGGGACUGGUGAAGAAGAUAAUAACUAAUGGAGCCUAUGACUUUACAAGAGCUGCUCUCCGCACUUCGUUUCUUGCAUCUUGUGUCUCUGCGUGUCAGAGCAGAACAAUGGACCUAGCAGAUACAGUGACUGUUAUGGCACAAAGGUUGCACGAGCGUCUCCAGGAAUGCAAUGGUGAUGAUGUUUUGAAGGCAGAGGCUGGUGCUAAGGUCCAAAAGUUUACUGAAUGGGCUUUGAAAUGCAUUGGUUUUCAUUCUCGGUGUCAUGAAAACAAAGAGAAAAUGCAUCGCGACUCUGCUUCAGAGAUACAGCUUCAGUUGUCUGCCUUUAAGAUUUUUCUUGAUCUUGCUGGAAACAACCUCACCGGAAAAGACUUUACUGAGGCCUUUGAUGCUGCUUGCUUCCCUCUUACACUGUUCAGUAGUUCAUUUGAUCCUGGAUGGUCUUGUGGAGCAUCAGCUACUGCUAUACAAGGGCUCCUUAGUAUGUUAGUUGAGGGUGGUGCUGACAAUGUAAACCAGUGUUUUCUGGAAGCCUCGCGUUUUGGCAGCACUGAGUUAGUGCGCAUUUUGUUGCAGGGAGCUCGUGGGUGUCUUCUGCCGAUUGCCCAGCGUAACAGCUUGGAUGUGGAUGUUGAUCUUGCGUUGGGUUUUGCUUCUCACUAUGGGAAGAUCAACACAAUGGAAUGUUUGGUAGAAGAAGGUAAUGCGAUGGCGUUUCUGGGACCUCUAAUGCGAGCAGCAGAGAGGGGAUGCUUGCCAGUUGUCCAGUGGUUUGUGGGAAGAGGUUGCCAAGACAUGGAAUUAUGUCUUGCGCUGACGGCUGCCACCUCAAGCAGUCAAGUUGAGGUAGCUGCUUAUCUGCUACCCCAAGUACCGCAACAUGUCCUUACCGCCCUCAGCAUAGAAAUCCUCAAGGCAGCCGGAGAGCGAAGUGGUGGGUCCCUUGAGGGAGUUGCUUUUCUUCUCCGGUCAGACUUUUUAGGGGACCCAACUGGAACGUACGCUGUUGCAGAUAGCAUCGCUCGGUCAGAGGACGACUCAGUUGCUCCCGACCUUCGUACAUUUCUGAGGGAACAUUGGUCAGAAGAUGCUUUCACAGACGGCUUGUUACAAGGUCAACAACAUUUUGUUAACAUGGUUAGGAUUAUAAACCGAGGAGAGUCUCCUCUUUGCAUUGGAGAUCUUCCUCCACCAUUGAGGGUAGCGAUAGCCUACUUGCCAUUGUAUAGAGAGUCUGUAAAGGCAGGUGGGUGUUUGCUGUCUCAGAAGCUGAGGGGUCAACUUGUAGAAGCCGUCAGAAGGCUUGGAGGUGGGUUUCUUGGAGAUGCAAGCCAAUGUGAAGAGCUUUUGGCCGUCUUAGAGCACCAUCUUCGACCAUUUUUGCCCGGCAUGUAUUCAACAACUUAAACCGGCAACAGAAAUCUGCGGGUUCGCGGACGUUGCCUUUUUUUUUCUUUUUUUCUUUUUUAACUUGAUACCAUAGGGAAUAAUAAGUAAGAUCACAUUGUUAGCAAGGGUAUUGAGGCUAGCUUAAGAGAGUACAUCAUCUCUAAGUCUGUCUCCCUCUCUGUCCUGGUUCGCGGUUAUUUCGUGGUAUGUCAUAUCAUAUGCUGAGAUUGUACAAUGUAAGAUAGAAAGAUGCAAAAAUGGAGGAUGGGUGAAGGGUGAUGGUGGUGGUGUCCAUGUAUAUUUAGCUGCUCUGCUUAAAUGAGGAUAGAGGAUGAGGGUCAUGAGGGUCCAUCUUAUGCUGCACUUGUCUGUCUCUCUCAUUUCAACUUGCUUUUAAAGUCAGGUGCCUGGAAUUGUCACCUUGCUUUUUAAUUAUUAUGAAGCUCCUUAAGUCCGCCUUUUUCUACAAUUAUUCAUAAUUAUUAUCAUUGUUCUUGUUGCA